AUGUCCAAAACAUUGAAGUUCCAUGCUGGCAAGGUCCAGUAUGACGAAGACACCAAGAGGUGCACGCCGUUAGCGCACAAGGGGGUGAUUUCGAUCAAGCCCAGCUCCGAAGACCCCGAUUUCCUUGCAUUCACCUGGACUCCCAAAUCAGACACAACAGUGGGAGGCACGGUGGAGAAGGACGAGUUAUUGCUUAUUCCCGGGGACGUGAGCUUCAAGCACAUGAAGUCCUGCACCACUGGACGGGUGUUUGCAUUGACAUUUUUGAGUUCGGGAGCCAAGCAUUUAUACUGGUUACAAGAUGUUGGUGAUAUCGAUCAGCCAGGCGUCCUCACCGAAAAGGACUUGGGCAUAGUGAAGCAGAUUAACGAAUUGAUAACCAUCAAUGAGGAUGAGGAUGAGGACGAGGAGGACGAAGUCAUCAAGGAAGAAAAGGACGAGUCAAGCCAGCAGCAGCAGCAGCCCCAGAUCCCUAUCACCUCCAUCGGCAACUUCUUGCAGCCGCAAUUGGUCCAACAGCACUUGGACAAACUCUCGCCCCACCAGAUCGACCAACUCUCGCAACAUUUGCCAGCAUCCACACCUGCCACCAAAACCGAGAUAGCCCAGGUAGUUCGCAGCGGGUUUUUCCAGCAGUCGCAGCGCAAAUUAAGCGAGCAACUCUCGUCGGGGCUCGGUGCGGGCUACUUGGUGGCCCAAUCGUUGAAGUACGACUACAAGGGCGAGGGCGUCGACGGGUUUCUCAACGGGAUCCGGGAGCUCACCAAGAAGGAGGACGACGAUGGGGACGAUGUCAAGCCCAAGCCUCAAUAA